AUGCACAGCGGCCAUCGUUCGAGUCAGAGUGUUUCAGCCGUCUCAGCAGCCCCCACACCCUCCUUCGCCGACCGUCCCUUCCCCGCUCAUGCCGGAAACUCCGUCGUCACUUCUACCUACAGACCCCCCACGAUCAGUGCUAGGGAAACUACUGAAUUCGAGGACGUUCAGGCUAGGACGUUUUGUAAAUGGCUCAAUGCCAAGCUGGAUGUGCGCAAGGUGGCGCCGAUGUCGAACUUGAGUCAAGACUUAUCGGAUGGCACGAAUUUAAUCCAGCUCAUGGAAAUCAUGGGCGAUGCUUCGUUGGGGCGUUACAAUCGGACACCAAGGAUGCGCGUUCAGAAGGCCGAAAACGUCAACAAAGCCCUCCAGUUCAUUCAAUCCCGCGGAGUCACUCUGACCAACAUCGGCCCCGAAGAUGUCAUCGACGGCAAUCUCAAGCUAAUACUGGGACUCAUUUGGACCCUUAUCCUCCGGUUUACUAUCGCCGAUAUCAGCGAAGAGGGUGUCAACGCAAAAGAAGGUCUCUUGUUAUGGUGUCAGCGGAAGACGCGUGGCUACGAAUCUGUAAACGUCACAGAUUUCAGCGGUAGCUGGCAAGACGGUUUGGCAUUAUGUGCACUUAUUCAUCAUCAUCGACCGGAUCUGAUCGACUGGGACAGUCUGCCCCGGGGAGAUCGGCACGCUUGUACGCAGAUGGCCUUUGAUAUCGCUGCCACCAGCUUAGGUAUACCCCAACUGCUUGAAAUAUCUGAUCUGUGUGAUGCUACAAAGCCCGACGAACGAUCUGUGAUGACCUAUGUUGCCCAAUACUUCCACGCCUUUUCAUCUAUGGAUAAAACGGAAGUAGAAGCCCGACGGGUCGCGAAUUUCGUCGAGAACCUGAAAUCAAUAUGGACGUCGAUGAAUGAUUACGAACGACGGGUGACGGAAUUGAUGGACGAGAUCCGACAGACGAUAGCGACUCGAUUGACGAGCACUCUGCCCUCGACAUACCUACUCAUCAAAGAACUUGCCGCGGACUUUCAAAAGUAUAAGCAGACUACCAAGCGAGGCUGGGUCGCCCAAAAAAACGAGGUUGCUGGCUUGCUUGGUAACAUUGUCACCAAACUCAGGACGUACAACCUGAGGACCUAUGUCCCCCCUGAUGGAUUGAAAUUGACUGAUCUGGAGGCGUUCUGGAAAGAGUUGCUUGUCACUGAAGCUAAGCGGUCAAGAUCCAUCAACGCGAGCAUCCAAGAGAUCAAAGAAGGUUUGCGAGUCCGAUUUGCCGAUUUAGCCAAUGCUUUCGAGCACCAGCUUCAUCAAUACGCAUUAGAAUUAGCCGCGCUGACGGGUCCACUAGAUGACCAACUAGCCCGAGCCAAGGGAAUCCAAACCAUCCUAGGCGAGGAGUUCUCGUCCUCACUGGCGCGCGUCAAACAGGCCGAGCAGGACUGUCUCGAGGCGAACGUCGAGGAGAACGAUUACACCGUCUAUACCGCUGACGACCUCGAGUUCGAGACCGAGGAGGUCCGCAAAUCUGCGGCCCGAAAGAUCGCCUUCGUUGAGAAUCAAAUCAUCUCGGCUGGGAUGACCAAGCUAACGCCGGCUCAGAUCGAAGAGUUCGAAACGACCUUCCGGUAUUUCGAUAAGGAUGAAGAGAAUAAACUGGGUCUACCUGGGUUCAGUGCGGCGCUGGCGAGUUUAGGGAUUGUAUAUUCGGACUCGGAUACGGAGCAUAUCCAUAACCAGAUUGCUGGUAGAGACGGGAUGGUCACUUUUGAAGCCUUUGUUGGGUUCUUGGUUCAGAUCACUGAGGACACCACUUCACCCGACCAAGUCAGGGAAUCCUUCCGGGGCAUUGCUGGCGAGAAGCCGUUUCUUACAGAGCUCGAUCUUCGCCACGCGCUCGUCCCGCAGUCGGCCAUCGACUACCUCCUCGAAGCCAUGCCCCCCUUCUCCUCUGAUAAACAAGACAAUGUCGACUCUUCUCCCGCUGACAAUCCCCAUCCUUCCUCUUCGAAUCCUGACGAUCCCAAUGGACAGGCAUCUUCUCCUCCGGCUUUCGACUACGAACUCUUCUUGUCUCAGUUAUUUGAAUUUGAUUGA